GUGUCCACCGACAGGACCAGAAGGAUUGCCACCAUUUUUACAGUAUUGCUAACUUCAGCAGUACAGCAGUACAUUGUCGGUAAUGCAUGAUUUGAGUGUUUCUUGGUGUCGUUUUAUUUGUGCUAUUGUCUCUCCAUAGGCUCCGCCGGUGCCCUUCUCCGGUCGACAUUCUUUAGCCAUCGACAGGAAGAAGCUGUAGGAUAGCUUCGAGGGGUUUCCUGCUGGACUUACGGACCUCCCUAUUCCUCCCUUUUCUUUCAGGAAAUCAGCGUGAGGUUCGAUAUUUCUAUUUACUCUCCAUUGUUCCAUUUCACGAGGGAGUGUCGAUAAGCCGCUGUUCAUUUGUGUCUUAUCAUUGGCCUCCUCGGUUGUCACUCUUCAUAGCAUUGCUAUGUCUUCUUUUUAUAAUGAAGGGUGGUGGAUCAAUAGCUCUCCAAAGAUUCUCUAUUCUCCGGACGACUCAGGUUAUGACAGUUCAUCUCCCAGACGAAGGUCAAGUAUAUUAAGUGAUACUGUUUCGGACCAUGACCCUUUCCUGCAACAGUAUCGAGAUGAAAAUGGAAAAGAAUGGAAAACGAGUCUAUCCAUGCGAAUCAAAAAUGUGAUCAAUGGAAAUACUAUAGGUCACAACCUGUCAACUAUUGCCCCAAAUAGUCUUAGGCUUGAUGGGCCAUCAGAUAGCCCCAAAACUCCGAAUGAGUUAUCUUCUUCGACACUACCUCGACCUAGUACCAAAUCAAGACCAACUCUUUCGAAUGCGCUCAGGGCUCGAACAUCAGUUGACUCGACCCCGACUAGAAAGUCCGCUAGCUCCUUGCACUCUCCCGAUCGAUUUCUUCCUGUUCUGAAAAGAUCCGAUUCAGCGGCACAAAGCUUUCGUGCCAAUAAAGAUCCUGGGAGUCUUUCGCCUUAUGAAAGACUAAUGAGACAUAGCAGUGCAAGCCUUGAUGCUUUCAACCCACGCCGACGUGCUACAUCACCAAUCCCCCUAGCUUCUCGACCUGAUUCAAGAAGAAUUGUUUCUGCAAAUCGUGGCAGAGGUGCUACUGCCCUUAUUUUUCAGAGAAGUGCCCCGACAAUACCCAAUGGGGAGAGGCAGGUCAGUGUAGGAACCGUAUGGGCCGUCGGAGGAGUGGCUCCUGUGAGCGCUGGCAUCUCAGAUGGGCGUGGUGGCAUGUUAGGCAGUGGGACUAAUGCACCAUUAUAUACAACAUCCUUCUCGGCUUCACGUCCAAAAGCACAAGAAGACUUUGAGAAGCAUGAAGACAGGUUGGCGCAAGCAUUAGAUAUUGACCGCACACAACGCGUUUUUGAAUUUCGAGACCCAUUAGCCACACCACCCGCUACUCCGUUCGAUUCCAAGUUCAAGAGACAUAUUUUUGACACCAAGACUACAUGGAAUGGAACAGAGUGGGUUCUUGGUGGACCAGAACAAAAGCAACCAUUGCCACAGGAACCUCGCAGUCUUCCUGUCGCACCUUUCAAAGUUCUCGAUGCACCAAAUUUACGAGACGACUUUUAUUGCUCAGUUCUCGCAUACUCUGGAACAAGUCAUACACUGGCCGUUGGUCUGGGCUCACUGCUUUAUGCAUGGUCUGAAAUGGCAGGAGUUCAUUUACUCCAUGGCGGAACUUCGAAUGCUUCUUGGUUGACAUCGCUGGCAUUUUCAUCCACACAAGGAGCCAAAUCAAUACUUGCCUUUGGCAGGUCUGAUGGGUCUCUGAGUUUAUUAUCACUUUAUGAUAGUCUAUUGCCAAGAUUCGAAGUUCAACAGCCCUGCCCUAUAGCUUGCGUAACCUGGAGACCAUCGAUAACAAUGAGACCUUCGCGAAAUCCACUUGCCUCAGGUAUCAUGGUGAAGACGGAAGAUCUGAUUGUCGGUGAUGAACAAGGCAAUAUAUACUAUUAUGCCGUUGAAUGGCCUGAUGCAUGGGAAAUAACUCGCGACGGCUGGUCUGGCUCCAUGGCACUUAUUGCCAAGAUAUCCAUUCACACCCAACAAAUUUGCGGUCUCUCAUUUUCCACAGAUGGCUCAUCUUUCGCAACUGGAGGUAACGAUAACCUUUGUUGUCUCUUUCGCACAAACGAAGUCACCCGGCCUUCUCGUGGUCAACUCGGCACAGCAGAAGAAGUAUUCCUUGCCACGGCAGGCAUGCGUCGCAUACACAGCGUAGCGAGUCAAAGUCGUGUCAAAGAAAUUAUUUCAGGGGCAGAGAAACAUCGUUGGAUUCAUGGAGCCGCUGUUAAGGCAAUUGCAUUCUGCCCUUGGAGGGACGGACUCAUUGCAACCGGCGGCGGCAGCAACGAUAAAUGUAUACAUUUCUUUCACACAUCUUCCGGGGCCUGUCUAGCUACCAUUAGUGUCGCAGCUCAAGUUACUUCUCUUAUUUGGUCCACUACUCGUCGUGAGAUUGCAGCCACAUUCGGGUAUGCGCAACCCGAGCAUCCAUAUCGAAUCGCAGUCUUCAGCUGGCCAGAUUGUAAACAAGUAGCUGCUAUUCCGUGGGAGGGCGAGCAUCGAGCACUAUUUGCCAUUCCAUAUCCAGGUGGCCCAAAUGAGAGCCAUAGUAGCAGAGAAGGGGGAAGAGCCUUGACAAGAACGGCUCAAGAGGGUUGCUUGGUUGUGGCUAGUAGUGAUGAAAGUGUUAAAUUUCAUGAGGUUUGGACAAGUAGUAUGAAGGCUACUAGUGGAGGCGAGGGUUUACUAGGUGGAAGUGAUAUUUUGGAGGGUUUGGAGGGGAUUGACAAAGAGGGCGCUGUUAUCAGAUAAAUCUGUGCCAUGGCAUUGAUGUGGAGGAUGGUAGCGUGAAGAUGAGUAUUGAAAGACUGUGUAGUAAGAAGAUGAUGCACAUAGCAGUCUGUGCAUCUGUGUAAAACAAAUUGAAAUAAAAUAAGGAGAGAAGUGGAGAGGGGGAGAAAAGGGAGGAAGCUACUAGAUGAAAUGAAUGAUGAAAUCAGAGAGAUCGAGUGAUGGAAAGAUGAAGAGAUACCUCACCUGCUUUUCUUUUGCAAAUUGCAGACACGAGUACAUACAAAUUUGCUUAUUCUUCUGAAUCGAAACA